AUGAGUUCCRUCAUGGAAAAACGCUCGUUCUUUACCUCAAAUUAUGAGCCUUCGACAAUCACAGAACUCAAUAGAUAUGAAGGAUUCUUUCCCAAGUUUCAUGAUAGYUCUUUUGGUCAAUUUUCAAUGRUAAAAGAGAAAACAAGUCCCACGUCAACGCRUUCAUCGAGCUUCUCUUUCAAUGAUGAUGGAUUAUCGAACGCAUCAUCUUCAUUUUCAAGUGAAGACGAUAGCCCUGGAUAUCUGAAGUUUACAGGCAACUUUACAUCGUUCUUUGGACGCACCAAAGCAUUCUUUAAAACACCACAGAAAACYUCUCAUAAGCGCCAAAGCCCACGAAAGCCUCUCAAGCCAAUGAAGAGCGUCAAUGAAAGCGACCCUGACUUCAAAGGCGUAACCUUCCAGAURAAACCAMUAUUGAGAGGCAAAGGAAAGCACGAGGGGACAAAAUCCCAGCUAGUCAUCGACUGUUCUUUUUCAGGAAAGAAGAAAAAGAGGAAUACCUCGCCGUCGUCAAGACGAAGAUCAUGCUCUCCAAAGCUCAAUCCAGCUAUUUACAAAUUAGGMCAGUCACCAAACUAUUUGUGCAGCGAUCCUUGCUUUGAUCCUGAGCUGGGCGUGGCUCCUCUUCAUUUAGAGAAAGAGUGCGCAUCCUGCGGCGUUGGAAAAACACCCCUUUGGAGAGAUGCAGAAGACGGUACUCCCCUGUGUAAUGCAUGUGGAAUACGGUAUAAGAAAUACCGUAUCAGAUGUCUCCAGUGCUGGUACAUCCCCAAGAAGGAGGAAAAGGCGCUUCCCUGCUGCCCCUGUUGUGGCCACACCUUUAAAGUAACGCUGACUCGAAGAGGUAGCUUGAMAAGUGACUAAUUUCCUUGCACCACUUCAUGUACUUGCAGAGGAAUGGAAAAACUUUGGGUGGUAGAAUUUACARUGUUAAAAAGAGAGUACAAAAUGAYGUCAGGAUUUGCGAUGUUGGUACAAUGUUUGAUUCUAUUUGUUGGUGUAAUCAA